AUGAACAAAACGAAACAUGAGAAGGACGCUUAUGUAUUACAGUUCUGGCAAAGGAGUAAGUUAAAUUUGUUAUCACCUUCAGGGAAAUGUUCAAACAUAAUAACAAAAGCAUUCCACGAUAAAGUGGACCCAAACGGAGAUAAGUGGGCAACUUUAAGCAAAGAGACAAAAAUUUUUUAUUGGGAAGAGUUUCAGUUGAUAACUCAAUCAAGGCUGCUUGGGAACAUAAGGCCAAAUAAAGAGGAGUUCAAGAAAAAAUCAGAGCAGAAUAAAAAAAGUAGGCGUAAAGGUGUAGUGGGUGGUAAAGCCCCACCUACUCACAAUGGAGGAUCUGCUUCUCAUAAGAAAAUUGCUCUUGAUAUGGAGGAAUAUACGGAAAAAGCUCCAUCAGUCUAUGAUGUAUUCAUGUUUACUCAUACUAAGGAUCAUGACGGAAAGACAUUCCUAGAUGACAAAGUGAAAAAAGUUCAUGAUUUUAUUGAGUCUAGACGCGCGGAUUUGGAACUAUUAGGAGAGGAAGUUGAUGAAAAUGAGUUGUUUUAUACGGCUAUUGGAGGACAUGAUCAUAACAGAAGAAUUUAUGGGCUUGGCUUAUAUGGCAUAUCCAUCUUUCCUAUAGAUUCUUCUAAAACAUGUUCUUCACCAGAUACAAAUUAUGAAAAACAUCAUCUCGAAACCAAGAUCCAAAAGCUAGAGGAAACUAUAGUGCAACAAAGAAUCGACUUGGAUGAAGUGAGAAACACAAGCAAUGAUAUGAGAAACGCGACUAACUAG